AUGGCGACCAUACUAGUCAGCAUUAUUGCGUUAAGCGGCGCUGUGAUUGCUAGGGGCUGGCCGAAAGUACCGUAUAAAGUCGAUACUCAUCAUCAUUUCUUACCUCCGGUAUACAGAGUUGCCCUAGAAAAGGCUGGAGGAGAUCCAUCCGGCUGGCCAACCCCAGAUUGGAGCCCUGAAUCAUCUUUGCAGAACAUGGCAACCAACGGAAUCCAGAAGGCAAUUCUGUCACUGACAGCGCCUGGUGCAUCCGUCGCUCCUAAUACAGAAUCAGCACGGAUCCUAGCCAGGCAAGUAAAUGAGUAUGCCGCCGGUCUCCGCCAGCAACACCCCGGCUCAUUUGGCUUCUUUGCCGCACUUCCAUCACUUAUGGAUAUACCUGGAUCUCUAGCAGAGAUUGAGUAUGUACUAGAUGUUUUGAAAGCGGACGGUGUCACUUUGUUCACGAGAUACGGGGAUGAAAACAAUUAUCUGGGUCACAGUCUCUUCACUCCCAUCUGGAAAGAACUAGAUGCGCGGAGGACACUGGUCUUCAUCCAUCCUACCCACCCAGUAAACACUACUUGGACAAAUCCGCUUCUUCCACAGCCAGUCAUUGACUACCCCCACGAGACGACUCGCACCGCGGUUGACUUGAUCAUCGGCAAUGUGACUCGAGAGUUUCCCAAUUGCCCGAAAAUCCUCUCUCAUGCAGGGGGCUCGCUUCCAUACCUAAUAUCUCGGAUUGCAACAACUUCGAGAGCAACUAGGUCCACAAAGUUAACGUUUGGUAAAACAAAUGAAGAGAUUAUGGAUGACUUCCGGUCCUUCUACUAUGACCUGGCACUCUCAAGCUCACCCGCCGUUUUGAAAACGAUCCUAGAUCUGAUCCCUCAUACUCAUAUUACCUACGGAUCUGACUUCCCAUACGCUGAUUCAGAUAAGAUUGCGGGAUUCAGGGAAGACUUGGAUGCAUUCUCCAUGGAAUCCAAGUUUCGUGAUAAGAUAUACUACAGGAACGUCGAGAAACUUCUCAAGUUGGGAAAACAUGUCGACUAG